AAGUUGAGAUCAUUCUAAUUUUUUAGAUCUCCGAUCUUUGGCAGAGUGGAAAAAUCCUUCACUGUAGUUGAAGUAGAUGACACUGGGUUACUGGAAUGACAUCUGAAACUGCUAACAGGAGCGAGGACAGACGCCUGCUGAUCUUCUAGUAGCGAGCACCAGAGGUUUCUUAAUUUUCAUGUCUUUCUGUGUCUCUCUGUCAUUAUCUCUCUAUCUUCCUAUUUGCAUUUUCCUCCUCCGUGUGUUUGUGUUGCCAUACUUUGGAUCCUACCUGGUCUCCAUGAGGGUAACCAAGCACACACUCUCCUCUGGAAGAUGAGCAAUGUGUCAAAAACAGCCUUGUUCGUAUCCACUAUCUCCAGGCAGCACGAUGUCCUCAUGGGGUCUCUUUAUUUAGUCUUCUGUGUGCUGUCACUCUUGGGAAAUGGAAUGCUUUUGUUUGUAGCAUACCGUAAGAGGUCAUCUCUGAAGCCAGCAGAGUUUUUCAUCGUGAACUUGUCUGUGAGUGAUCUAGGGAUGACACACUCUCUGUUUCCUUUGGCCAUUCCAUCUGCUUUUGCACACAGGUGGUUGUUUGGGGAGGUAGCAUGUCUGUGCUAUGCUAUGUGUGGAGUUUUAUUUGGCCUAUGUAGCCUGACAAACUUGACCGCUUUGUCGUCAGUAUGCUGCCUCAAAGUCUGUUUGCCAAAUUAUGGUAAUAAGUUCUCAUCUAGCCACGCUCGUGUGAUGGUGGUCGCGGUGUGGUGCUAUGCAUUUGUGUUUGCUGUGGGUCCUCUACUGCACUGGGGAAGUUUUGGACCAGAACCGUAUGGAACGGCCUGCUGCAUAAACUGGUACACCCCAUUCCAUGAUCCCCUUGCCAUGUCUUACAUCAUCAGUCUCUUUAUCUUUUGUUAUGUUCUCCCCUGUACCAUCAUCAUCCUCUCUUACACCUUCAUCCUGCUCACAGUGAAGGGGUCCCGCCAAGCUGUUCAACAACACAUCUCACCACAAACCAAAGUGGCAAACGCACACGUUCUUAUCGUUAAGCUCUCUGUGGCUGUAUGUAUUGGCUUCCUUACAGCCUGGAGCCCGUAUGCAGUGGUCGCCAUGUGGGCUGCAUUCAGCGCUGAUGAGCAAGUCCCACCCACUGCCUUUGCGCUGGCAGCGAUUCUGGCCAAAUCAUCCACCAUUUACAACCCUAUGGUUUAUCUACUCUUCAAACCCAACUUUCGUAAAUCACUAAGUCAAGAUACUCAAAAUAUCUACCACAGGAUUUGUUUAAGCCAUAGCAAGGGCAGCCCAAGAAUGAAGGAUGGGCAGAUGCAGGACUCUCAAACUUGUAACUAUAAGGAUGCCAGCAACUCCACUCACUUUAUCAGAGGCCAGCCAGAGAGUUAUGGGGCAUGUCUUCAUUACACAGAGGCAGAGCCACACUUUCAGCCAAUCUGCCCUCAGAGAACUGCACGUAUCCUUGAGGGCGCUAUCCAGAGUGAAAUUCCAGUAAGACGGAUGAGUGAGAGAAUGCAAAACAACAUCUUGUGAGGCAAGUGUAUUACACAAAAAGAGAGAGAGAGUGAGAGAGAGAGAGAGUGAAAGAAAGAAAUAUAAGGAAGAAAGAAAGAAAUAGAGGAGACUGGGGCUAGUUUUAACCCUUUUAUACCAGUGAACUCCAUUUCUCAGAUAUGUGUAUUUUUGAAAAUCAGUUUCUCUAAAGCCUUGACUACAAAAUAAAGCCAUCAACCAUUUUCACAGGAAAAAAUAUACAAUUCAUUGAACACACAUUGUCCUUUUGUGACAACUUUUUUCAUGUAGUCAGACUAUGGGGUAAGUUGUCACAACAGAUACAUUGUUAAGUUUCUCAUUGUUUUAAACUCUUUAAAUAUUUGUCUGCAUUAAACAGCCUAUUAUAUGCUUUUUGUAGUAAAUUUAAAAAGUAAAACAAUUAUGAGGCACAAAAUGAUUCAUGAAACAACGAAAAUGGAAAAGGUAACAUACAAAAAUAUCAAACUAUUGUUUUGGCCAACAAAUACUGUAUUUAAUAAAUUGUAUACAUUUAUGAUAUUUAAAAUGUAUGAUAACCUGCCCUGAUUAAAAUGUGACAAUAUGCACCAUCCUGACUUUUAUAAAAUUAUAUAUUUUUCCAUUUAACAUUUCGGUAAAAUUCUGCCUUCAAAAUGUAGUUGACCUUUGUCUGAAAUUAUGGCAGUGUGAUUUGAUUAUUUUUGCUUGUUUACCCAAGAACUAUAACAAAUAUAUGAUGAUAGUGAAAAUUUACUUUGGAGUGAAGAAUUCACAAAAAAAUAUUCUAAUUUAAGAGGGUUUUGAACAAGGUGUUUGAAACCCACAUACAAACCUCAACAUAAAAAAACACAAAUGUGCAAAUUUUGACUCCAAGUUCAAAUCAUUGCUGAGAUACAGCUCUUGUGACAACUUCCUCGUGUGACAACUAGCCCCAGUCUCCACUAUAAGGAUUCAGGAAGGACAGGAUGAUGUAAUGGGAUUCCACAAAACUGUCAAGACUUUGUGAGCUUCAUGGAUGUCCUUACACAAUGCUCCAAACACAAGGACAAAGGAAUAUGCAGCUCUUGUACUGAGGAGAAGACUGAAUAUAAACUCCCCUUUAAAACCUCAUUGUUGUCUCUGGCUUUACAUUGGUCCCCAAAACUCCCCACAGUAUUCGACUUAUUCAACAAUUAUUGAACCAAAUCGAUUUCACUUCUUUUUAAGACGUAGAAAACAUAUGUCAUUAAUGAAAGGUGUAAGCUCUCAUUGUUCUCUAAUGAGCCUCAAAAACAACAAAACAUAAUAUGUGAUAUAAUGUAAAUUAAUUACAUGGAGUAAGUCCAGUGAGACCACAGAGGUAAGUUAUUGAUUGAAAAAACAAUUCAAGUUGACCUCACCAACUACAGUUUUAAAUGGGGCUUUCAAUGACACCCAGUUUUUGAUCAAUGACCCAAUUAAAGGAAUGUUCUCCCAUCCAAUUCUCAUCAUUUACUCACCCUCAUGACAUACCAGAUG